AUCUCAAUGGAAUUCGAUUCAAACUUUGAAUUCAGUAUUACCGCCAAUUGAGGAUGUAAACAUGGCGGUUAUCAAUAAUCAGGUGAUUUUGGAUGACGAUUAUGAUGAAAACUACGAGCCGACCGAGCAAGAAAUUUAUGAAUAUGCAACUGUAAUUGGAAUAGACCCAGACAGGGAACCUGAUUUGUUAUGGAUUGCAAGGCAAGGAAUUGUUGCUCCAUUACCUCCUGAUUGGAAACCUUGUCAAGAUGAAAAUGGGCAGAUAUAUUACUUCAAUUUUUCCACUGGUGAGAGUGAAUGGGACCAUCCCUGUGAUGAGUUUUUCAGAUCAAUGGUCGAGGAAGAAAGAGCAAAGCCAAGAUCUACAAAGAGUGCAAAAACAAAGAAAGGAAAGGAUAAGAAAAAAGAGAAAAAAGACAAGAAAGAGAAAAUAUCACAGGAUAAAUUAAAAGCUCCAAAUGAUCUCCCAACCCUAAAGAGCGAUUUUCAGAAUACAGCUGGACUUUCAAGUUUAUCAAGUGCUACAGGCCUUGGAAAGACAUUAGGCUCACUGAACAACACCCUUGGUUCAACAAGGGACUUAGGAUUUAAAGGCCAACUUGGUGACAUUGGCACAUCGAGCAAACUACAAGGUCUGAAUGCUGGAAAGUUUGAUCAAAAGUCAGAUUCUGGCGUGAAAAAGACUGGGAAAGAUUCAAUAAAUGCCAUUGACAGUCUUGCGCUAGGAAGCAGGCUUGGGGAAAAAGUUCAUUUCCUCGAUGACAUUUCUGACAUGAGUGAGUACUCGAAUGGCAAACCAAGAUUUACCCUAGACUUGGAUUCACAUGAUAUUGCCAACAUUGGAUAUGAGGAAUCUGAGUUGUCUGAAAGCGCUGGGCGUCCUCCAUCACCCGGGAUAAAAGAUGAUCAUUUUUAUGAAGAUGACGACGACGAUGACCUGGAUUUUGGGAUCAGUUCGGGACUUGUUGCUCGCCUCGAAGGAAUGGAAAUUGAGAACCUUAAGCCUGUCGCCGCAACCAACGAUAGUUUAAAGAGUGAUCCAGUCAAAAAACCUUCGACACUUAUAUCAGAAAAUGAUAGUAACAAAAAAUUGUUUGACACAAAGAAGGACACUUCUGCACUUGCUGCAAUUAAUUCACGCAGUUUUGAAGUCGAAUCUAAAAGGCUGGAGCAAGAAAACGAAAAAAAGCUAGAAAUUCUAAAAAGAGGUUUAGAGGAAGAAGUAGAGAAUCUAAAGAAAAAGUUGAUCACAGAAAAGGAGACUAGGGUGAAAGAACUGGAGGAAAAGUUUAAAAAGGACGAGGAAUUUGAGAGGUCUAAACUAAAAAAACAAAAUGAAGUUGUAUUAAAGACGUUGAGGGCCCAAGCAAGCGAAGAAAACCUCGAUGCAGAGGCAAAAAUACAAGAGGAAAAGCAAGAUUUUAUCAGAAAAAUUAAAAGUGAGGUACAAAGAGAAAAAGAUAGAGAAGAGAAGAGAUUAAAAGAAGAGAACGAUGCAGAAUUAAAAAAACUGCGUGAUGAAAUGGAGUCAAAGUUUGAGAGUGAAAAUGAAAAACUAGAAGCAGAAAAUGACGAGAAGGUUCAUGCCCUGAAAAACAGAUUUAAAGCAGAGUUUGAUAGUUUAGAAGAAGAUUUAAAGGAAAAGCAUGAAGAUGAAUUGGAAGAGUUCAAGCAGAAACUGGAAAAAGAAAGAGAAUUGGCAAUUGAAGAGCUACAACAAGAGCACGAGUACACUUUGCAGCAGCUUCGAUCUGAGCUUGCGGAGGAGCGGGAAGAGCUGGAAUUUCAGAAGAAAAGCGAAAGUCGGCUAGAGUCCUUACACAAAGAUGUUGAAGAUAAGGAAAUUCUUUUGGAGCAAAGGAGGAAGGAAUAUCAAGAAGCCAUAGACGAAUUGACGAAAGAGAAACAAGACGAGGUAGCUUCCAAGAAAACUAAACUGGAGGAAGAAUACCAAAAAGAACUGGAAGAUCUAACUAAAGCGUGGGAAGAAAGGAUAAGAAAAGCGAAAGAAGACUUUGAGAAUGAGGAACAAGAGCUGAGAGAACAAGAAUCAAGUGUAUCCGAGAACAUUGCAGAACUGCAGCGUGAGAGAGAGCUGAUCCAGCUUGAAAUUCAAAGGGCAAAAGAAGAGCUUGAAAAGAUUUCUGCUGAGCGUACCGCAAAGUUGUCAGCCAGUGAGCAAGAAUUCCAUGACAAAUUAUCGACCGAGGUUUUAGAACUUAAGAAGGACAUACAAUCAGAAAAUGAAAACCUGGAGCAACUGAGAUCUGAGAUUGCCCUUGCGGAGAAAAAGAAGCUAGCCGAAAAGGGGACCCUAGAUGGACUGGAAAAAGAAAUUAUGGAGCGGAAAGAUGUUUUGGAUAAGUUAGAAAGUGAUAAAUUGAGUGCAGAAAAAGAACUGAAGAUCGUUUUAGAGAAGAAGAAGCAGCUUGACUCAGAAAUCGGCGAAAUGCAAGGAACACUGAGCGAAGAUAAAGCUCAGUCGUAUGAGGAGAAACAACAGUUGAAGUGUGAGCUUCAGGAACUGAAAGAUCUUAUUAGAGUGCAUAAGGAGGAGCUUGAAGAAAUUAUGAAAAAGAAAGAAGCUGUUACAAGGCCUGUUCUUGGAAUCGAGGGAAAUGCAAAAUCGGAUUUGGACAACAAGGAAACAGACAAAGACACAACGAAAGUCGACAAUCACGAGGAUGCUGGAGUUAAGAAAUCACAGUCUAGGGAUAUGAAGUUUGAGGAUCUGGAAAUCACAAAAAAUUCUGGUCAAGUAAUGAACCGUGCAAACUUGUUUCCGAAAGUUCAUCCAAGACAAAACGAAAUUGUGGAAGAUUCUGCCUUCUCCAGUGACGAAAAAAAUGAUUACGAUGACAUAAGAAUUUCACAAUCGCCAAGAAUGACAAAAAUUGAUUUUAGGAACCAUCUUGCCACUGAAAAUGAAGCCAUCAAGCGAGCAAAAGACUUUCUUAAAAAGCAAAGACGGACUGUUCGCAAGAAACAGAUAGACCUCUUAGCUGCACACGAUGAAUGGACAAAAGAUGUAUCGCAAGAGGAUUUAAGUGAAAGAGAUGCUGUACUUCUAGAACAGGUUAAAUCAAAGUUAGUCGAGGAUGAAUUACAAAUAUCUUCUGCCAUGGACAAAAUUCGAGAGGGACAGGAGAUGGUGCAACGUCAAGAGAAGAGUGUUCAGUUUCUGAAACGGUCCCUUCUUGGUGACGCAUCUUCUGACUCAGUUGAAAGUGAUGACCUAUUAGAAAAUGGGAAUGAACCAUUUGAUCUCGACGAACAGGCUGAACAAGAAAGCAGUACACAGCAGCUGGUAGGAUUAUCACGGAAUCGAGAGGAGGAGCUGCAAAGGCUUUUGCAUAGUACCCCUAUAGAUAGAAGGAAGAGAAGGCACAUGCCUGUCAUUGUUGACCAGUAUUCACGUGAUAUUCAGAGACCUUUGCAUGAGCAAUAUGGACUAUCACGUGACUCUUAUAGAACUUCACGUGGGCAUAAUGACCCUUCACGUGACUAUUAUGGACCUCCGAGUGAUGUUGUUUCGGGCGUUGACCCCCUGAAUGGAGGCUCCAGUUACAACCGGCCUAAACAUUGGGAUGACAGUCCUGUGAGAAAUGAUCAAAAAUAUACCCAAAAUAGUUGGGAGCCACAGAGGAAUGAAGCUGACACCAAGGCAGACUUUUACAACCCGAAUACGCAAAAUGAACAGCAAAGCGAAAUGCUUCCAGUUUUAGCACGUAUCAAUGGUGAGAUAUCAGUUUUGAUGUCACGAAUGCAGAAAAACGCCCAGGGGACGGGUAUUUCGGUCGGAACUCGCGGGCAGACAUCAUACACUCGGCAAGUCAAUGGACCACCACCGAGAAGGGAGGCUUCAUAUAGGGGGGACGUACCCUAUUUUCGGCGAGAUGCACCUUGUGAUCAGCGGCCAUCGCACGAUGCUAUUGCUCUAAGUAGCGCAAAAUCUCAACCGACCUCAUCACAUUACAAUAGAAACGAAAGAAGCGAGCAGAGAAUUCCUUUAGACAAAGAGCUUCAAAGCAAAUGGGAAUCUUACUUUGGAAAUCGCGACUCGAAGUUACACAAUAACUGGACUGAUCCGAAAUGGGGAUAUCAAUCGGCAAUGGACAGCUUGCGAAGGUCUACUCAAGGCUAUGGCAUGGCAAGAUCGCCCUUUGAUACAUCACAGCGACUACAGAGCCACCAGGAAUGGCUGAAGCUUGUUCGAAGAGACCGGAGAGAUUUCAAAUGAUGAUUUUUCAAAGAUUGCAAAAGGCAAAGAGGACCCCCAUCCACAGAGAACAUUUUUAGAAGUCGAGUCGUCACCUAAACCCAUUCGAUACAAUAAAGAUUAGUUAAUAACAUUUUCUAUCAAUUCCAGAAAUACUGCGAUUUAUUAUUGCUUGGUUGUAAUAUAGAGAGAUGCAUUUGUAAUUAGUUUCAAGAAUAUUUCUUAAUGAAAAUAUAAAGGUAUUGACAUCUUAAUAGCGAAGUUUUGAAACCAGAGAGUU